UCUGCAUCUUCUACACCCUCUUCGGCGGGAUGCGGGCCAUCUGCUGGGCCGACACCAUCCAGUUCACCACCAUUCUCGUGGCCACCGUGACAGUGUCCAUCCUGGGACUGAAUCUCGUCGGGGGAUUCUCUGCGGUGUGGGAAGCGGCCUCCAGAGGAGAUCGCCUGCAGUUUUUCACAAUGGAUCCCGAUCCACUGAUUAGACAGUCCUUCUGGAGUGUCCUCAUUGGGAUCACCUUCCUCUUCACCUACACAAUUGGCCUCAACCAGACCACAAUCCAGAGAUGCCUCGCUGUUCCCGACAUCCACGCUGCUCGACGAUGUGCCGCUCUUUCCACAGUCGGAAUUGUCUUCCAGUUCCUCAUCUGCGCCUUCAUUGGACUCAUCGCUUAUGCCCUUUACGAGUCCUGCGACCCCACGAGUGUGGGCAUUGUGAAGAAGGUCGACCAGAUCAUUCCCUACUUCGUGAUGGACGUGGGAUCGGCCAUUCCUGGCCUGCCUGGACUCUUCAUAGCGGCCAUCUUUUCCUCCGCAAUGUCCACCAUGGCGGGCUGCUUGAAUUCCCUGGCGGCGACAGUUUACGAAGACUUGGCGAAGAAGCUCUUUCCCAACGCCAGCGAGAAGAAGUCCAGCAACAUGAUGAAGAUAAUAGUGCUGAUUGUCGGAAUAAUCGAAGUGGCGCUCGUGUUUGUCGUUGAGAAGGUCAAUGCCAUUCUCUACAUUUAUCACACGGUGUCCGGCAUCACGACAGGACCUCUUCUGGGACUGUUCCUGCUCGGGAUGUUCAUCCCCAAGGCCAACAACAAGGGCGCCGUUGCCGGAGCCAUUUGCGCCUUCAGUAUUCUGGGCGCCAUGCUGAUCGGCAGUCAGAUCUUCGGCACGCCAGCGUCGCCACUGCCCUUCCAGACAGACGGCUGCGAUGCCUCUCUGCUGUCCAACAUGACAGAGCCCGUGGUUAAGCACAUGGUGGACGCCACAGUUCCAGCCGCUGUACCGUGGUUCUUCAGGAUCAGCACCUGGUACAACACCCCGAUCGGCAUCCUCGUGGUCUUCCUCGUCGGCAUCCCCGUCAGCUACUUCACGGGCGGCUGCGAGCUGGACAACCAGCGACUGCUGGUGCCGUGGAUGCGCAGCGAGGAGUACAGGAUGGCCAGGCGCAACCAGAAGCUCCAGGAAUUGUCCGUGAUCACGGAGAAGUCAGAGCCUCUGCUCACGCAGAAGCCCGCCUAAGAUCAAGAUCACACUAAAUAUUUAUUGACGCAUGACAUGAACAACUCCGUGCGAUUUGCACAGCAAAUAUGCACAGUUUUCUUUCAUUUCGGUUAAGGAACUUCCGAGAAGAGUGCGUCAAGAGUAUUUGCCAUGUCUGCUGGGCAGACGACAAGGCAUCCAAAUUUGCGCUUCUUGAGAAAAGACGCGCGCUCCGUCGCUAUUUAUAGUGACAACCAUGAAUAGAUGUUAUUUAUUCCAGCUAUUACAAGUUACGCGAGUAAUAUAGUAUAAAUAUACUAAGUUAUAUAUGCACAGCACAGUGUGUAAUUAUUUGCUUUAAUAAA